AUGCGGGCGCAUGCAAAACCCGACUCGAGCUACGCGUCGAAUCGUCUCACGAGAAACAACCAACCCAAGAGACAUCUGCUGUCGAGCUUCAACAAGGACGAGGGAGCGAGCGUUGAACCGACGGCCGAAGCGAAACCCAAUGAGCAGGAGCCUGCUAUGAACACAGUGCCCUUGUCGAGCGAUGACGAACCUUUGACCGAUCUGGACUCUGUCGAUAUUGACUAUGAAUUCGAGCCCGAGCCACAGGAAGCAGAGCUGAAGCCCGAAGACAAAAAUGAACCUGCGACGGACGCAGAUCCUCUCAGUUCCAGCGAGGACGAAUUGAAGGACGAAUUGAGUGACGAUAGCAUCGAAUUCCGGAGACCCAAUGAGAUCGUUCACACAAAGACCUUGGAGGAGAAGCUUGCAGAGGAAAGCUGGAGUGCCCCGUCGUCUGCGCGGAGGGGAGGCAUGACGAGGACCCUCAGCAACAUGAUGGGCGAUAGCGAUGAGGAUGAUUUCCUCGCCUCCUGGUCCUCCACUCAGAGCUCCAAGCGGGCCAGAACACACACAUACAAGUCAUCAACCUCAUUAUCUCGAGUUCCCAGCUUCGUCGCUCGAUCGUCCGCCACGCCUGAUAAACGCUCCCCGCAGACUAAGCUUCAGGCCCACACUGCACAGGGCAAGAAGGCGACCAAGUUGUCAGACUCCGAGCCGGAUGAUGGCUUUAAAGUUCCCAGGGAGAUUCAUGCCCCGAGUCCGCGUAAGCCACGGCCCGGAAAGAAAACAAGGAAAUCGUCGCCCGGGUUCAAAAAUCCUCCUGCUUUCUCCAUUGAUUCCAAUUCCCAUUCCUCCCUAGGGGCCUCAUCUUUCAAAGAACCGCAGUCUAAAGACCUGGAUGAUGAGGAUUCUCUCCUUUCCUCUUUAAGUUCACUCCCCAGCUCUCCAUCUUCCGAAGCCAGGGCACAACCACGCCCAGCAUUAUGUCCGAUGUGCAAGGAAGAAGUCGACCCGAACUUGCUCGAACAAUUCCUCGCUCAGCCAAAGCAACGUGUUCGCGAGCAGCAACAAUUCUGUGCAUCUCAUCAACAACAAACGGCUAAGAAGGACUGGGAGUCCCAAGGCUAUCCGGACAUUGACUGGGACACAUUCGAUGAGCGUGUACAAAAGCACUUCCCCGAGCUUGAGAAGCUUCUCAUCCCAGACUGCUCUUGUUUCUACCGCAAUAUUCUGAAUUCGACCCUGAGAAGCGGGAAAGCGCAGAACUUUCGUCUUACCCUUGCUGGCGACGGUCUUGAGACGAUGUCUUGCGGGUAUUAUGGGACAAAAGGAUCCGGGAAGAUGCUGCAAGCACUCACCGAUCGAUUCGCCUUGAAACUACGCCGAUUAGCUACAUCCGACCACAUCGUCAAGCAAGCAGGCGUCGUCGGCUACGCUCAGUCUGUCCUUGUUCCCGAGCUCGCAGUUCGUUUGGUCAAAGAGGACAUGGGAGUCAGUGAUGACACUGCGCGCCAAAUUCUCCGGGAGAGCAUUGCUCUCGGUGAGAAGCUGAAUCCUGCUCUGGACGAUGUGGUACCGAUUCCAGAUGAACUCGAAGAGUCGUUCACGGAGUAG